GUAAGUUUGGUCCGUGGGGAGAGGCAACUGUUAUGGAAGUGUUGAAUUUGCUUCACUGUAUUUUCACUCACCCCGACCGGGAAUAACGCAUUUGGGAAUGCAUUGAUCGUUAAAUUAGUCAGACAUUAUAGAAGUUGGGUAAAGAUCAGUCUAAGGAAGAAGGCAGAAAGAGCUCGCGCUUUAUUUAUCUUCCCUUGACCACUUCAUUUCGUUGGACAGCAAAACAUACGCAGUUGUGAGUUUGUGCGUGUUGAACACUCGUCUGUAUAUUGAGUUCGCUUCGGAAAGUUUUGUUUAUCGAAGUUAGGUUUUAGGAAGGUCAUGGGGCGUCCGCGUUUCAGUCGUGUAGGAGUUUAAAUAUAGACUAGUUGACGCUCGGUCAAAACAAGCAAUUAUCUGCAUGUAAAAAGAUGGAUCGCAGUGUACGUGCCUCGUCUGUUUUGCCAAAAUGCAAUGGAACUAAAUGAGGCCUGUCGACCACCGUAUCUUUGCUUCAGUUUCGAGCACGGUGAACAGUGUAAUCUUAAUCAGAUGCAAGAAGACAUCUCAGGUAUGAGCUUUGCAAGGUCUGACAAGGACAGUCAAAUAUGUGAACAGGUGAUUGACUAGGACUCUACCACAUUAAUUGUGCACCAGUAGCGAUGGAGCGGAGCAAACGCAACUCCAUUGCUGGUUUCCCCACAAGGCCAGAUCGACUGGAGGACCUUGAUGGUGGGGUAGGAGGGGUGGAUACCAGCCCGGCACAGCUCGACAGAGUGUAUUCCUCUUCAUACCGAGCUCUCAUCAGUGCCUUUUCUUGCUUGACCCGACUUGAUGACUUUAUCUGCGAAUGGAUUGGCUCUGGGUUCUUUUCUGAAGUCUACAAGGUACGUCAUAGAGCUACAGGCCAGGUCAUGGCUCUGAAGAUGAACACGCUGAGCAGUAAUCGUGCAAACAUGCUGCGAGAGGUUCAGCUCAUGAACAGACUCUCCCAUCCCAACAUUCUCAGAUUCAUGGGCGUGUGUGUGCAGGAAGGUCAGCUUCAUGCUCUCACAGAGUACAUUAAUGGUGGCAACUUGGAACAGCUGCUGGACAGCAAUAAGUACCUGAGCUGGGCCACGCGAGUCAAACUGGCCUUAGAGAUUGCCAUGGGCCUUAGUUACCUUCAUUCAAAGGGCAUUUUCCACAGAGAUCUCACAUCUAAGAACUGCCUGAUCAAGUCAGAUGAGAAUGGUUAUGCUGCAGUCGUUGGUGACUUUGGCCUUGCGGAGAAAAUCCCCAGUGAUGAUUCUGAGGGAGAGAAGCUGUCCGUGGUGGGAUCUCCAUUCUGGAUGGCUCCAGAGGUGUUAAGAGACGAGCCGUACAACGAGAAGGCUGAUGUCUUUUCAUAUGGAAUUCUUUUAUGCGAGAUCAUUGCGAGGAUACAGGCUGAUCCUGACUAUUUACCACGCACUGAAAACUUUGGUCUGGAUUAUCAUGCCUUCCAGCACAUGGUAGGAGAUUGUCCACCUGACUUCCUACAACUCGCCUUUAACUGCUGCAAUAUGGAUCCAAAGCUCAGGCCGUCGUUUCCAGACAUAGUAAAGAGGCUAGAGGAGAUCCAGAAAAAGCUGAAAGGCGAUGAAUCCGAGAGAGAGAGGAUGCUGUUAACUGCAGUGGAAUUGGACAAAAAAUCCCUUCCUAAAGGACCUGUUGAUAAGGGAAUAAAAAGGUUAAAUUCUCACAGUUUCCAAGAUGAUAAGAUUCCACCAAAGUCGCCUCGUCCACGUCGCAGCAUCUGGCUCUCCCGCAGCCAGUCAGACAUUUUCUCUCGCAAGCCCGCUCGCAAAGUGAACGUCCAGGACCCUUACUACAACCCAGGACCUAGAGAGUUCAUUUAUGGGGUCCCAAAAGUCAACCCAUUCAAUGCUAGAGAAGACCUAAAGGGGGGCAAGAUCAAAUUUUACGCCAUGCCCAGCAAAUCAGUCUUCUCGCUCCUGUUCGAUCUGCACUCGCCCCACGGCAGUCAGAGUGCAUACCAGCCUCAGCCCAACCUCGCUACCUGGCUGGAGCCCUGGCAGCUUCCGGGUCGGCAAUGUCGGUCUCUCCCCGUCUCCCCUCUGCUGCCCCACUCCGAGACCAUCUUCUCAACUCCUACCCAAUCCAAGAGCCAAGCAGGACAGCCCGGCAGUGAAAGCAGGCAGCAGGUAUUGAGUAGCUGGGCUAGGAAGUAUGCGGUAACAGAGAUUCCUCCGUACAGGCCACAAGUAGAACGAGAGGAGCUAGAGAGCUGGCCACCUCUGGUCCCUUCUGAUGGCGGAGAGGCAGAGGCCAUGGACUGCUCCAGCAGCAAAGGCAGCCCUGCAGAUGAGGGAGAGGGGAUCUUCAGCCAGAUGCAGAACGGAAGAGUCGGGGGUAUUUGUGUGGACAUGGAGGCUGAAGACCAGGAGGGUGUGUUGAUCUCAAAUAAGAACUCGCUCACUCUGAGCAUGUCCGUUGAACCCAAGGAACUGUGUCCAAUUGUCCUAAAAGCGGGCAAAGCAUCCACAGCCACAGACCGCUUCUCCAGAUGUGAUAUCUAGAUGGUAGACUGGAGUCUUGACUCCCUUAGGUUUGAACUGAUGAGAUGACAUGUGAACAGAGAUUAUAUUCUCGGUAAAUAUUUAAUGAUAUAAAUAUUGUUCCUUCGAGUGAAAAGAGUUAUCCUUGUAACGUAAGCAAACAGGACGACUUGGAGUAAUUGACUGUCUGAAAUGAGAACAAGAAACGGUGUGAAAUAUUGUUCCGGUCCAUGUAUUAGUUACCCAUCACACUAUGAAUAACUCAUACCGAGGGGAUUUGGGAUGUCACCUUACACUGGGUUACAAAUAAGACAAAUUAUGUGACCUCUUUUAAACUCAAUAUGCUAUUGAUUGCACAUACCACAUAUGCUGUUUUGUUUUAAAACAUGCUUCUAGUUUGUCCACACACAUUUAAGGGAGCAGCUUUGGCCAUAUAUUAAUUGCCAUUUGUUUUUAGAAGUUACCGAAGAAUAAAUCUUUUGGAGAAGGUUAUUUUGGGUGUUUACUUUUCUGCACUGCAUGGGCCUAGAAAAAUAAAUCCUACAAACAUUCCAAAAUUUUGUAGUACAUCUUACCCUCGCUUAAGUUCCUGGGAGUUGCCAUCCUCUGCCAAUGGUGCGUGCCAUUGUGAUUUCAGAUCAUCUUUUUAACUCCGUGACCUCUCAGGUCUUCACAAAUGUCCAUGUCUCUAUCUACUUAAAAUCGUAAUUGCACUUGAAAUAAGUUAAUGGUUUGAACUUUUUAAUCUAUUAUUUGUCACUACAUUUCUAUGCAAUAAAUUUAACCGAGGCAUGAUAGUUUUAUAGAGAGGAUUUAUUUUGAUAUUUAUAUUGAGCAAAAAAAUUAUUUUAACAUGUCUUACUACAUGUCUGUGAAAACUGUGGUGUUAUUAGUGUUUAACGAAUAGAGAUGUAAAUGUGGAAAAGUUUUGCUAGUGUAUUUUUAACUCAAACUUUCUCCUUGUUUAGUCCUGACUGUUUCCUCAGCGUUUGUAGAUUUUAGAUUUGUAACUGAAUCAGAGAUGUAUAUUUCUACCAAAGACAGAUCAGGACUUAUUUUACCAUUUAUAUGGCUUUAAAUGUUGAAAUGCAUGUGUGUUUCUAUUUGUUUAAAAUAAAUUCAAAAUGUCUUAUUUUA